AGCGGCACGUGACGUCAUUAUGAUGCCAAUGAGCAGCUGAACCCGGAAGAGAGAGAGACGCUCGAGCGGAGACACAUAAACAAACGAUUAUAGCUGAAAAACAUCGAAUUAAACCAUCAGACCUCAUAGAACCGCAGUGAACAGUAACAUGGACGACACACUCUUCCAGCUCAAGUUCACGGCGAAGCAGCUGGAGCGACUGGCCAAGAAGGCAGAGAAAGACUCCAAAUCCGAACAGGCCAAAGUCAAAAAGGCUCUCCAGCAGAAGAACGUGGAGUGUGCGCGAGUGUACGCAGAGAAUGCCAUUCGUAAGAAGAACGAGGGUCUGAACUGGCUGCGUAUGGCGUCUCGUGUGGACGCCGUGGCCUCCAAGGUCCAGACGGCUGUGACUAUGAAGGGGGUCACGAAGAGCAUGACGCAGGUGACCAAAGCUCUGGAUAAGGCUCUGAACUCCAUGGACCUGCAGAAAGUGUCGGCUGUCAUGGACAAGUUCGAGAGCCAGGUCCAGAAUCUGGACGUUCACACCUCGGUGAUGGAGGACUCCAUGAGCUCGGCCACCACGCUGACCACGCCGCAGGAGCAGGUGGACGAUCUGAUCCUGCAGAUCGCGGAGGAGAGCGGCCUGGAGGUGGAGGACCAGCUGAGUCAGCUGCCGGCGGGAGCCACGUCACUGGGAGAGACGUCUGUGCGCUCGCAGGACAAAGAGGACCAGCUCUCCAGACGGCUGGCAGCUCUACGUAACUGACGGCGCUCAGAGAUCCGGUCAAACGUUUCCUGCCUGGAGGAGGCUGGUUUUUAUAAUCCAGUCCAUUUAUACACAUUAUACCCCACACUUUAUGAUGAAAACUGUCUCUUUGUCUGCUCUUUAUUUCUUAGUGUCUCCAUCAUCAAACGUGACUGUGCCUUUCAAAAGAGCACAAGUCAUUUCCCCUCUUUAUUUCUGGAUGCAGUGUGUGUGUUGACUGAAGUCUGCAUAUUUAUUCAAACCUGUUAGAGACUGGUCUGUUCAUAACGUUAGUGAGAUGCAGAGCGGCGCAUGAUCUUCUCCUGAGUUUGCUUCGGUUCCUCAUGCCUUACUGGGGUGCUUCUUGCGUUCAGUGCCUCCGUCAUAUUACGAGAGUGUAUGAAUCCCCCCCAUACACACACACACACACAGCAUAUUGUAAUGGGAGUCUCAUGUUUCUGUAAGCCAUGCUGUGUUUCCUCCGGAUCAGCUCGGGUGUGGGGUUAGAUCGGUUUAUCAUGUAAAUAAAUAAAAUCAUUCUGAUAUCAGUUCUCAGAUGCAUCUUAUUUGGCAUGUUCCAGUUUUUAAAGGCUCUUAAUCUGUUAAAUAACAGUUGAGAGGAUGGUGUUUACAGCUCGUUCAUGUUAAAGAUCUGUGAAGCUGUAUAUUUCUGGGGAUGAAUCCUCUCUGUCUGCGGCUAGCUUCGACUCGGAGCUCAUUUGGACUGAAGGACCCGGUCAAAGCCACAGAAGCUCUGUUACACGUCCAGAUAUCACACGUUCUUCACCUGAGUCCUGCUGGUUUACAGCGUGGGAGGACAUACGGUGAUGUUAAGUGUUUGUUUGGGAUAUGUCUCCUCCACUCAUAAAUAACUAAUGUUAGUAAUGUUCCACUACACACACAUGCUUUAUUACCAUUACUGUAUGUUUAUUGAAAUCAAUUAUAUAAUACAUUCUCUGAUCUUU